ACCCCGGGAUCGCGGGGGACUCGGGCGGCGUCUGUCUGCGGCGGCCCGGCCACCGCCCGCCCGGCCACCGGCACGAUGCUCCCCGGGGCGGCGGGAUGAGCGAGGUAGGGUAUCGCUCUAGCCCAGGCUGACCUGGAAUUCACUAUGUAGUCUCAGGCUGGCCUUGAACUCUGAACGAUCCUCCUACCUCGGCCUCCAAGUGCUGGGAUUAAAGGCGUGCGCCACCACACCUGGCCCUAAAAAGGAUAUAAGUUGCAAUGAUUCCUUUGAAGCAGGGCCUGUGACUGAACCCAUUUCACAAAUGAGGAAACUGAGGCAUGGGGUUUCUCACAGGAUGCACUUGAACCCACCAUUAGGCCUGAGUAACAAGCUAUUGGCAGACUGUUCUGAGUACUUGUUGGAGUCCCCUCCCAGUAAUAUUGACCAGUGACCCUGCCUACAGUGACUCUCGGCCAGCCGCCGGGCAUGGCGGACCCAGUGGUGGGCAUCGAGGGCUCUGCGGCCAAGAGCGUGAGGCCAUUCCGUUCCAGCGAGGCCUAUGUGGAGGCUAUGAAAGAAGACCUGGCCGAGUGGCUCAAUGCCUUGUACGGCCUGGGCCUGCCCAGCGGUGGUGAUGGCUUUCUCACAGGACUGGCCACAGGCACAACCCUGUGCCAACAUGCCAACGCUGUCACCAAAGCUGCCCAGGCUCUGGCGGCUGCCCGGCCAACCAGAGGUGUGGCCUUCCAAGCCCACAGCGUGGCACCUGGUUCCUUCAUGGCCAGGGACAACGUGGCCACCUUCAUCGGCUGGUGCCGUGCGGAGCUGGGCGUGCCCGAGGUGCUCAUGUUUGAGACGGAAGACCUGGUACUGCGAAAGAACGAGAAGAGCGUGGUGCUGUGCCUGCUGGAGGUGGCACGGCGUGGGGCCCGCCUGGGCCUGCUGGCCCCACGCCUUGUACAGUUUGAGCAGGAAAUUGAGAGGGAGCUGCGAGCCGCACCUCAGAACCCCAACACCCCUACCUCCUCGGGGGAGGAUGCCUCAGCCAUUGAGGAGGAGGCUGCCACUGCACCGGGCAUUCCCACCCGAGCGCCCCGCAUGACACCCAGCGACAUGCGCAACCUCGACGAGCUGGUGAGGGAGAUCCUAGGCCACUGCACCUGUCCUGACCAGUUCCCCAUGAUCAAGGUGUCCGAGGGCAAGUACAGAGUGGGAGACUCCAGUCUGCUCAUCUUCGUGCGUGUGCUGCGGAGCCACGUGAUGGUGCGCGUGGGUGGUGGCUGGGACACCCUGGAGCAUUAUCUGGACAAGCAUGACCCGUGUCGUUGCGCCUCCACUGCCCACCGCCUGUCCCAGCCGAGGGCGGGCACCUUCUCCCCGAAGAGGGGUUCACCGACCCCCAGCCCCCGCCCAGGCAGCCCAGUCCCUGGGAGUGAGCGCCGGGGCUCUCGGCCAGAUGUGACUCCUGUUAGUUUACGAAGCACAAAGGAAGGGUUGGAGACCCCAUUCAGGCCCCGGGACCAGCUACCCCCUCUCCCCCGCUCCCGCCGCUACUCCGGGGACAGUGACUCCUCAGCAUCUUCGGCCCAGAGCGGUCCCCUAGGUGCCCGCAGUGAUGACCCCGGCCCUGGCCAGCGGAGGGAGCGCACUAGCCGGCGGCUGACCACCACCACCACCAUCACCGGCACCCCAGCCUCCCCGAGACGACCGCCCACCCCUCGCAGCCAAUCCCGAGAUCGGCUGGAUCCUGGGCGACCCCGCACAGCCCUAGGUGGCCGAGGUGCCCAUCAGCUGUCCGUUGUCCCCAGCCCAGCUCGGCGGGCCCGCAGCCAGAGCCGAGAUGAGCAUGCCCAAGCCGUACUGCUGGUGCGCAGGGACCGAGAUGGGCAGCACUCGUGGGUUCCCAGGGGCAGGGGCGGCGGCGGCGGCGGCGCUGGUGGGGGCUCAGGUAGGAGCACCCCGCAGACUCCCCGUGCCCGCAGCCCUGCGGCAUCAUCGCGGCCUCCCCGGGGCCCCAGUCCUGGCCCCGAGUUGGCCGCCACACCAGCCAGCAUCUUCCGCACACCGCUGCAGCUGGACCCGCAGCAGGAGCAGCAGCUGUUUCAGCGCCUGGAAGAGGAGUUCCUGGCCAAUGCCCGCGCCUUAGAGGCUGCUGCCAGUCGGACCCCCACCGGACCAACUCCUGAGUCGGCUCGGGCCUCAGACCCUCCAGCUCCAGACUCAGCCUACUGUUCCUCCAGCUCCUCCUCUUCAUCCCUCAGCGUUCUGGGUGGCAAGUGGGACUCUGGCCGGACAGCCAAUGGGCUACCUGGGACCCGUGGCCAAGCCCUGUCCAGCUCUUCGGAUGAAGGCGGGCCCUGCCUUGGUGUCGGGGGGACUUUGGAUACAGCUGGUAGCACCCUGGUUGGCCCAGAACACUCACGGACCUGGGCCCGGGGGAGGAUGGACACACAACCAGACCGUAAACCCUCACGCAUUCCCACACCACGGGGACCCCGCCGUCCAUCUGGACCCACGGAACUCGGGGCCUGGCAUGCUCUGCAGUCGGUCACCCCCAGGUCCGAACCAGAUUCCCAAAUGUGAUGGACCAGCCCCAGCUGCUCUCACAACCCCAUUCCCUCUUUUCUUUUGUGGCCUUAACCUACCCUCAGCAUCAGGGAGCCCACCCCCCCCUUCCACCUCUUGAGUACCAGACCUCAUGGGACCAGACCCCUCGGGACCACAUUGCACAAUGGGACCUCGGUUGUACUACCGGUUGGGGGAAAUGAGUGUUGCUAUUUAAUUACUAAUAUUAUUGAAUGCCUUAGUGGAGACCGGGCCAGCCUGGUGUCCUGAAGGACCUGUGGUCCAGUAAGCAGAACCUCUUGACAGUAAAGUUUUGCUCCAUCCA